AUGAAAUCUUUUCCGAUAAAGCAGCUUAUUUUGCACACAAACAACCUGGGAAGCGCUUUUGGUGCGAUCAAAUCAAGAUGGUCAGAAUACGAUUACAUUGAUUUGGGCAGCGAAAGUGGCGACGAGGGAUCGAUCGACGAUGUUGAGGCAGAAGAUGAAUUAGCGGAGCGAUUUUCGGAUGGACAUCCAUCCGGUGAUGCAGGCUGCGAAAGCGAUGAUGAAUACAACGGAAAUUAUGGUGACACCGACACUGGUGCUAAAGAAAUCUUCACUACACUAAUGUCAAUGAAAUGCUUGAAAGUACUCAAUCUGUCAGGGAACUAUAUCGGUCUUGACGCAUACAGAAAGAUUGCUGAAGCACUGGUUUCACGCUCAAAGCAAAAGGUGCUGCCUGAAUUGCGCCUUCUGGAAGUGCUCGAUCUUGGCUCGUGCGAUUGCAGCGAACGUGGGAUACUCAAAAUUGUUGCGAGUCUAAAUUCGUCUCAGCAUUUACACUUGAAGAAGCUGAAUUUUUCAUCGAAUGGCUUAGGAGCCAACGCUGUAACAUCCAUUACGCUUCAUUUUGCCAGUGGAUUUCAUCUGGAAAAGCUUUCAUUUCACGCAAACAAUCUUGGAUCUCGUUACCUAGAUUUAAAGGACACGCUUUCUGAGUUUGGAUUCGUGGAUCUGGGAAAUCGCAGAAAUAUCAGGAGCUAUGCAAAAUGUGUGACCAAAAGCUUGGUCCUAUUUAAUGAAUAUCAUAUCGCAGCACUCUCUGUCCGAAACGUCGGUGACAUAGUGCUGCCUGAAUUGCGCCUUCUGGAAGUGCUCGAUCUUGGCUGGUGCGAUUGCAGCGAACGUGGGAUACUCAAAAUUGUUGCGAGUCUAAAUUCGUCUCAGCAUUUACACUUAAAGAAGCUGAAUUUUUCAUCGAACGGCUUAGGAGCCAACGCUGUAACAUCUGUUACGCUUCAUUUUGCCAGUGGAUUUCAUCUGGAAAAGCUUUCAUUUCACGCAAACAAUCUUGGAUCUCGUUACCUAGAUUUAAAGGACACGCUUUCUGAGUUUGGAUUCGUGGAUCUGGGAAAUCGCAGGUAA